CAAACAUUAGCAAAGCGGGUGCAAGCGAGCAAUAGCAAUAGGUUUAAAGCAGUGUAACUCUUUUUUAAUAUAUUUUUGCCCUUUUGCGCGGUCACAAUGUCUGACGAGGAGGAGGACUAUAUGUCUGAUGCAUUUCUCAGUAAAAUGCAAGAUGUGAAACCAGGUGUCAGCAUGUUGAGGCGAGUAAAAGAAACAAUGAAGAAGGAGGCACAACAGAAGGAGAACAACAUCAAGAAUCGUCAAAAGACCUUCAAAGAGCAAGAGAAGGAGAGCCGAGAAGCAGCUUUACACAGCUCUAUCAGCAAUGAGAACAAGGGCUUUGCACUUCUGCAGAAAAUGGGCUACAAAGCUGGCCAAGGCCUCGGAAAACAGGGAGCAGGAAGAGUUGAUCCAAUUCCAUUAAAUAUCAAAACCGACAGAGGAGGCAUUGGAAUGGAGGAGGUGAAAAAGAGAAAAGCAGAGGAGGAGCUUGAACAUUAUCGACAGAAAGUACGAGCCAAACAACAGAACGAGACUAAAUCUCUGGAAGAUUUUAGAUCAAGAGUAAGGACAGAGAGAGAGGAGCGUAAGAUUGAAGGAGAUCUUAGGAGGAGUCAGCGAUCCUGUGAGCAGCUUGACAGUCAGAAGGGUAUCGCAGUCCCCAGGGAAGACUGGUACUGGCCUAAAGAAGAGGCUGAUGAUGAGGAAGAUGAGCCUAAGGAGGAGGAGGAGGAAGAAGAAGAAGAGGAGGAAGAGGAGAUUGUGGAAUUAACUUCCUUUGACAAACUGCAAAUUUUGACAUCCUAUUUACGUGGGGUCCAUUUUUACUGCAUAUGGUGUGGGACCACCUAUAAUGAUGAAGAGGACUUGUGCUCUAACUGUCCUGGAGACACAGCAGCAGAUCAUGAAUGAGCUUGAUUAACAAAAAAAAAAAAAGUACUUCAAAGGGAAAGGGCAGUAACAAGUGUUUGACCAUGGAAACAUUAUACAUAUUAAAUGAGUGCAGACAGCAUAUUACAACGUGAAACAUCAACAUCAUCAACAUCAUCAUCACGUACAUUGAUCAGAUUUGAAUAUGAUCUCCAGCUCUGGAAGGACGUUGCUGUUUAUGCUGUUUGCUAGAGGAUGUUCUGGUUCUUACAUUUUUCUUUUCAUUUGGAAAUGAUGUGGAAAAGUUAGGAUGUGUUGUAUUGUUUAUAUUUUGAAUAGAUGUACAGUGAUGUCUGGGGCAUUUUUCAAGAGUAAUUGUGUACCUGUGUUUUCAAUGUUUUUAGAAUUCUACAUUAUCUUUUGUUUUUACCUUAUGUUACAUUAAAUGCAAUUGGGUUUGAUUUACCUAACAAAUGUAAAUAAUGUAAUAUAAAUAUGAUACAGCCAUUUUGCCUUCGUGUGUUUGUACUGUAGUUCAGUUGUGACUUUCUAGGUCUUAAAAUUAUAAGAUUGGAAGAGACUAAUAUAUUAUUGACUCAAUAAGAUUUUGACAAAAGUUACACAAAUGGUAACAACUUUAGAUAGGGUCACAUAAUAUGUAACUUACCUAAAACUGUGAC